AUGAGGAGUGCUCUGCAGGCUGUGGCCCUCUGGGGAAGAAAAGCUCCUCCCCACAGCAUCACAGCCAUCAUGAUCACAGACGACCAGCAAACCAUAGUGACCGGCAGUCAGGAGGGUCAGCUCUGUCUCUGGAGUCUCUCACCUGACCUGAAGAUUUCAGCUAAAGAACUUCUUUUUGGACAUUCAGCCUCAGUGACAUGCUUGGCAAGAGCGAGAGACUUCUCCAAACAGCCCUAUGUUGUGAGUGCUGCUGAGAACGGGGAGAUGUACCUGUGGAAUGUGAGCAGCGGUCAGUGUGUGGAGAAAACCACCCUUCCUUACAGGCACACUGCAAUCUGUUACUACCACUGCUCCUUCCGGAUGACCGGCCAAGGCUGGCUGCUGUGCUGUGGGGAAUACCGAGACGUCCUCAUCCUCGAUGCUGGGACGCUGGCUUUCCUGCACACCUUUUCCUCCUCACAGUCCCCCGACUGGAUGAAGUGCAUGUGCAUUGUUCACUCUGUGAGAAUUCAAGAGGAUUCGCUCUUGGUUGUAUCUGUAACUGGCGAGCUCAAAGUCUGGGACCUCUCCUCGUCCAUCAACAGCAUCCAGGAAAAGCAAGAUGUCUAUGAAAAAGAAUCGAAGUUUCUUGAUUCCUUGAACUGUCAGACGAUACGAUUUUGUACAUACACAGAGAGACUCCUGUUGGUGGUAUUUUCUAAAUGUUGGAAGGUUUAUGACUAUUGUGACUUUUCCCUUCUGUGGACUGAAGUUAGCAGAGAUGGACAGUUCUUUGCUGGUGGGGAAGUGCUUGCUGCGCACAGGAUCCUUGUUUGGACAGAGGACGGUCACAGUUACAUCUAUCAGCUGCUGAACAGGUGGGCUCAGAUGGGAGCGGCGUUCAGAACAUUCAGUCGGCUUUCCAAAUGCAUAUGCCCUGCCGAUGGCGGAGUCCUCAAGGAGAACAUCUACCCUCACUUACUGUGCUCCACGACUGUGGAGGAAAACAAGAGCCUGCAUUUUGUCAUGGGCUACAUGAAUGAACGGAAGGAGCCUUUUUACAAGGUACUUUUCUCUGGAGAAGUCUCAGGAAGAAUUACAUUGUGGCAUAUCCCAGAUGUCCCCAUAUCUAAGUUUGAUGGUUCUCCUAGAGAAAUCCCAAUGACCACCACCUGGACUCUCCAGGACAAUUUCGAUAAGCAUCAAACGGUGUCCCAGAGCAUUGCAGACCAUUUCCCUGGGUCCAGAGAUGAGAUGGGAAUGACAGCAACCAUCACCUCCUCAGAGUACAUUCCAAAUCUUGAUAAGCUCGUCUGUGGCUGUGAGGAUGGGACCAUUUUCAUCACGAAGGCUCUGAAUGCUGCCAAAGCAGGACUUCUAGAAGGGGACUCUUUAUGGAAAGAUCCCCCCUGUCAUACGCUUCUCAGAGGCCAUCACCAGAGUGUGACUUCAUUGCUUUACCCUCACGGUCUUGCUUCAAAAUUAGACGAAAGCUGGAUGGUGUCUGGGGAUCAAGGCUCCUGUGUGAUCCUGUGGGAUAUUUUUAGGGAAGAAAUUCUACACACGUUCUUUUUGGAAGCUGGUCCAGUAACAAGACUCUUGAUGCCACCAGAGAACCUGAAAGUAAGUGACGAGCAGAUACUCUGCUGUGUGUGUGGCGACCACUCUGUGGCUCUCCUUCAACUGGAAGGGAGACAGUGCCUCCUGCGAGCCCGGAAGCACCUCUUUCCUGUGAGGACCGUCCGAUGGCACCCAGUGGAGAACUUUCUAAUCGUCGGUUGUGCAGAUGACUCUGUCUACAUCUGGGAGAUUGAAACAGGCACUUUGGAAAGGCAUGAAACAGGAGAAAGAGCAAGGAUUAUUCUUAACCGUGGUGAUAACUUGCCGCUUGUCAGAGCUGAGCCUACACUGUCAGUGGCCUCAGAGACACACAAGCACAAAGGUGCAGAGCAGAGGUCCUCCAGUUCCCACCAGUCUGGGCUGGUGCCCUGCCCUGGUCUGCAGCUGGAGUCUUCAUGUAAGGUUGCUGAUGCUACAUCAGUCCCAAGACCUUUCAAUGUCUUGCCUGUGAAAACAAAAUGGAGUCACAUUGGCUUCCAUGUUCUGCUGUUUGAUCUGGAAAACCUUGUGGAACUACUGCUGCCCACUCCCAUCAGUGAUGUUGAUCAUUCUGGAUCAUUCUAUGGAAGUGACAUCUUGAGGAGAGCCAAGAGCACAGUAGAGAAGAAAACAUUGACAAUAAGAAGAAACAAAGCCUCAUGUAGCUCUCUCCAGGCCGAGGCACAAGCCAAGUCCAGUGGGGACAGCUUGCCCCUUGGGGAUAAUGCCAGUAAACUUCCAGAGGAGAGUGACAGCAUUAAAAGACAGAAGAAAAUGAAGAGCUCCAAGAAGACACGCCCUAAACCAUCCAGAAAGGUGGAUUCCAGCCUCAUAAUAGACAUGGCGAAAUUGUUUCUGUCUUGUGUUUUGCCGUGGGGAGUGGAUAAAGAGUUAGACAGCCUGUGUACCAGGCAUCUCAGCAUCUUAAAGCUACAGGGUCCUGUGUCUUUGGGACUCGCUUCAAACGAAGACCUCUUCUCCCUGAUGCUACCCGGGUGGGAUGCAUGCAGUUCUGAAAUGAAGGAGUACUCAGGAGUAAACCUGUUCUCCAGAAAAGUUCUGGAGUUGUCAAAUAAAUACACAGCCACACUUCCGAACCAGACUGGAAUUCCCAGAGGCCUAGAGAAUCACUGUGAUGCUUUGCAGCAAUCAGAUACUAUAGCGUAUUUACUGAGCAGACUCUUUUUAGUUAAUAAGUUAGUAAACAUGCCUCUGGAUUUGUCCUGCGAAAUCGACAGACCCUUCAAAAUGGAAUCUGUUCACAACAAGGGGAAAUUUCCUGGAAGUGAUAUUUUAAGUAUGUCAAGCUUCUAUGGUCACCUAAAAAAUGGUAGGAAUGAGUACCACACACCCGAGGCUGACAUCUCACUUCUGAAGCUAAUCUCCUGCUGGAGAGACCAGGCUGUACAGGUAACUGAAGCAAUACAAGCUGUCCUCCUGGCUGAAGUUCAACAGCACCUGAAGAGUUUGAGGGACACACCCAUCAGCAGCCAACCAGCCCCGGUGGCACAGCACACCAUCUGUAAGAGGAUGCAGAUCUCCUCGAAGGUGGGGUGGACUGAAGAGAUAGAGCUACCGUAUGUGGGAACCUCUUCCCCUCUGAAAACUUCAGUCAGUCCGGUCAAGCAUGGCACCGACUUGAACUCGGCAAACUUCCAAGAUACCGAGGACAUUCUUGACAGAUGUGCCUUGGAAGAGUCGGAGAGUGCAGGUCAGCCUCGGCAUCGUCCAUGGAUAGCGAAGGUGUGCUCCUGCAGGAUGUGCUAGACGGAGUCUUGAAAAUGG